UAGUUCUGUCAGAUUUGGUCAGAAUAAUAACAAAUCAGCAGUGUAUCAGUCCGAUUCCUUUAAAGUUUUGUUUAUAAAUACGAAAAAAAUUACAAAAAUAUAAUGGAACGUAUAAAAUACAUUUAAAACUUAUUCUAUGUCGAUAUAUGUUUUCAAUAAAUAAACAUAUAGUCACCUAAAAUGUCUAAAGACGAUGAAAACUUUUCCCAUCUGUGCGUAUUUCCCACUGAAGUCCUACUUUACAUUUUUACGUAUUUACCUGCGAAGGAUUUGACCAGGUGUCGCCAGGUGUGUCUGAGGUGGAAGCAGAUAGUAGACAGCAUACUCAAAAAAGAUUUACUAUGGCGAGAUUUUUGCAAAAACGAUUUCAAUUCCAUUUACAAAAUUGCUAGACACAAGGGGCGCUUUGGUCUUCGUUGGUGCAAUAUUUACCGCUCCCUGUCUCUGUGGCCCAAGUUAACGCUAGCUAAGGAGACUCGUGAUGAGUUCGCGCCCGCUUCAUGCUUCAUGGACGAGAUUCGAGACUUUGUUGUACUGAGGGAUGGGAUCAUAGGUGUCCAGAAGCGGAGUUGUAUUACUUAUUAUGAUAUAGAAACUUUAGAGCGUGACGAAAGAGGCCCCAUCAGGGGGGACUAUGCUAGAUAUGCUGAGAACGAGCACACUAUUGUCAUACUCGGGUAUCAUUUACACCUUUUCAUCAUUCGUAAAUUUAUAAAGAAUCCUUUUUUCGAAACGGACAUAACCUUUGAUAACGUUAAAACAUUCAUACUCAUUAACAAGGAAGUAUAUUUUGUUAGUAUGGAGGAUGAGAUAUUCGUAUGCAACUUAGACGCCGAUAGAUUAACCAAGACGUUUAUUAAAAAGACUGAAGAUGGAGUUAUGACAUUCGGAUACACAGACUGUCUCCAUAUAUUGACAUUGCAGCGUAAUAUUUACAGUCUUGUCAACCAAGAUAUAAUUUUAACGUGUACUCUUCAUGAGGACUCUAAUAUACUUCAUGUUCUUAACCAGCACAACCUUAUAGACAGUAUGGAUUGGCGCGUCUAUAUCCAAUGGAUGUAUUUACUGAACCACACAUUACCACGGGAUCCUAUCCAUAAUAUAAUACUUGUCAAAUCAUACGGUGAUGUCUUUUUUGUCGGAUCCAACUGGGGUGUAUUACGUAUAUACUACGCUCCGUACAAAUCUGGACAACUAGAUUUAUUCAAUUCGGAACCAGUGAAACAGUACAAUUUUGUGGAGCGUCGCGACUGUCCAGUCCUUGCCAUGAGUCCGAUCCUUCAGGUCGAUGUGCUGGAAGCAGAGGACGGUCACACAGUCAUCGUUGCAAUGCCGAAGAAGAUAGCUGUGUUGAACUUCACACAUAACUUCAAAAGGACUGCUUCGGUAGCCAUGCUGCCAUAUUCGGAUAUCCAAAAAGUUAAGGCAUUAAAAAUUGAAGAGACUACAUAAGCUACAGCCUCCAUUGUACCUUCGGUCGUUUAUAUUCAUUUGCUUAUUAUAUACGUAAUUAUUCAUUAUUUAUCAAUGUGAACAGUCACGGAUCAUCCGCUGAGUACGAGAUGUCAAAUAGAUAGAUAGAUAGAGAAACUUUUUAUUUGAGCCAUGUUAUGACACACGUAAAUUUACAAAUGAGUUUAUACAAUCAAAUUAUUUACACUUUUCAAAAUAUACAACAAAAGAUAAAAUAUGAAAAUAUGGUUUCGCCACGUGUGUCGCAGUGACCCGAACAGGCUACAGCUCACUGAUGGUUUUGCUUAAAAGCAAAGCACUGAUUUUCAGCUGCAGCCUGAAGUUAGGCUGCACGGACGCGUACAACAAACCCAGUAACAUACAUACAUACAUACUGCAACACAGUAAAAUACAUAAACAUACAGUAUGGUGUUGCCGAUCUCCCGCCAGCGGAAUAUUGGUACCUGGACGACCGAAUAGACGCUUUUAUUCCGCGGCGUUACGUCUACGUAACGACCGAUCUUCCGUACUAUGUGACGGAGUAUUAAUCGCAUGUAGCUUGACGUAUUGGCUCGUCGCACGCGGAUGAUCGGCGACCGAAGGUCGGCCUAAUGUAGCGUUCGUCAUUAUAUAAAUAUAGGCAAGCUUAUUACCAAUUUAAAAUUGGACUGUGAAUACAAAACUGAAGCCAAUAAAUUUUAAUUCAAUGUGACCUUUCGUAUUGUUUUUUACCUUGCUCGCACUUGUAGUAAUAGAUAGAGAGACUAAGUAAUAUUUAAUUCUUCUCUAGAUAGCAUCAGUUUUGUGUUUACAGAUUAGAUAGAGUACUUAACGUUUUAAACUUUUUGAGCAUAAAAUGUAUUAAAUUAAAAAAUAAAAAAAAAAAACUAAUUUGCAAAUACCCAUAUUCAAGGUAAAAUUAAAGACAGCAUCUAAUGCUUGUUUCAAUUUCGCCUAUAUAGGAUUAUAUAGCUACACAUAUAUUACCUUAAAGGUAAUAAUAAUUAACCAGAUAAAUAUUUUUUUUUAUGUUAUUGUUUAUUUUUAUGUUUCUGGUGCAAUAAAAAGUUGAAUAAACAAUUAAUUCAGUGCAGGAAAAUUGUGUAUUAUAUAUAAUUUAAAGAAGAAGUUAUUUUAUGUUUUAGUAAAAUAAUUCUAAUAUGUUUAUUAAAUUUAUUAAAAAUAUAAUUGUUGUAUUUGUAUAAUAAAUAAUUUUUAAUUAAAAAUGGUACAUUGGGUACCUAAAUUUCCAAUAUGGAUUCCUUUCAUAAAAAUCUAAUUUUAUUGUCUUUCCUUUUGAUUUAACAGUUUCCUCUUGUCGGUGCAACUAAUUCAUGCGUUCUCUUCCAGCCAGCUCUAUCCCAGGUCAUAUCUUUGACCUCCCUAUACGACAUGACACAUAGUGUUUCCUUUAUCUGUCCCAUGUAGUUAUUCCUCGGUCUUCCCCUUCUUCUUUUGCCUUCUACUAUGUUCUUUAAAAAAUUGUUAUGAUGUGUAAGUUGGCCCAGCAUUUUGCCAUUUCUAUUCCCUAUUAUCUAUUUUAAUUUUGUGGUAUAAAAAUAAAAACAAAAAAAGAACUUAUUAGACUUAGGUAGGCAGUAUAGUUUUUCACAAAGUGGAACGCAAAAGAAAUCAACUGUGCAGCCGAGCUGUUACAAAAGCUACAAAAAAAAAAAAGAAAUUUAAAUAGCUACUUACAUUAAUGUUUUAAUUUUAAUCGAUGUUUUGUUAAGUACAAAUGUUUGAUUUGACAAAUUGAAGAGUUAUAUAUAUUGUUAUUAUUUACCAUAUCAUUUAUUAUUUAAAUAUUGUAUGGAGAGAUUGAACGGUAAAUAAAUUUUUUUAAAUCCA